AUGUCGACUACAGCUGUGGAUGUAUUACUGGACCCAGAGGGCGGUAACUUGGAUGGUAUAUCUAAAAGACAUUGGAGGAGAGAGCAAUCUCAAGAUCCAGUUCUGAAACCUUGGAUGGAUGCUGCUGUGGAACAUAAGCGACCAAGACGCCAGAGUUUACCCAUGACACGUUACAAUACUAUGUACUACCGCAACUUUGACAGCUUAAGGCUGAAGAGAGGUGUGUUAUAUCGAGAUGCCAUUAUAGAUGGGAAACCACGGGAGCAAUUGGUGUUGCCAGCUCGGUAUAUUAAAGAUGUAUUACAAGGACAACAUGAUGACCUAGGCCAUCCUGGCCGUUAUAAAGUUUUGUCUCUGUGCAAGGACAGAUUUUAUUGGGCGAGCGUCACAACUGAUGUGGAUGAUUGGAUAAAGAAAUGUCCAAGAUGUCUUAGAGCGAAGACCCUAGCCAACAUAAGAGCUCCACUAGUGAGUAUACACACGAGUCAACCGAUGGAAUUGCUGUGCCUUGACUAUCUGUCGUUGGAACCAUCCAAGGGAGGAAUUUGUAACAUAUUGGUUAUAACAGAUCAUUUUACCAACUACGCACAAGCCAUCCCUACCAGAAAUCAGACAGCAAAGACAACGACAGAAGCACGUUUUAACCAUUUCAUAGUUCACUACGGAAUACCAGAUCAGGGUGCAAAUUUUGAGAGUGACCUCAUGAAGGAGUUGUGCAAAGUGCUAGGAGUGUCAAGAUCUAGGACUACGCAUUAUCAUCCGAUGGGAAAUGGCACCACGGAACGCUUUAACAGAACGUUGCUCAAUAUGCUCAGAACACUGGAGGAAGGUGAGAAACGUGACUGGUCUCACCAUAUUGCACCAUUGGUCCAUGCCUAUAAUUGCACGCGUCACGACAACACGGGAUUUUCCCCUUUCCAGUUGAUGUUUGGGAGAGAACCACGGUUAUCUAUUGACAUUGCGUUUGGCAUUGAGCAGAACAGUGAAUCUACACCACUUCCAGAAUAUGUGGAUAGCCUAAAACAACGUUUGAAGGAUUCAUAUCAGUUAGCAUCAUCAUUACCUAAAAAGGCCAAGAACCGACAAAAUAUACAAUAUGACAAGAAGCAGAUAGGAGCUACGGAUAUUCCGGGUAUUCCCGUUUUCGUAGUCCAGCUGGAGUCCGGAAGUGGAAAGAAGCGGAAAUUGCAUAGGAACAACCUCCUUCCCAUAGGAACACUACUGUCGGAGACGGAGAAGCCUGUUCCAGCAAAACGCACAUGCAAACCGACAGUACGCGUGGUAUCGGAACACACUCCUGUAGACACAUGCGAUGAGAACGAUGAAGAAGACGAUGUAUAUCAUGUUAUCGACAGUGGGAAUUCACAUGAUUCGGAGGGCAGAUUACCUUCCGAUGUACAUGUUGAAGGCGCGACGUCUCAGGACCCGGAUGACGAUUUUGGUGUACCUGAGGAUGUCGAUCAUGUUGUUCUUCUUGGUGACGACCAUAUCUCCGGAGGAGAAGAUUCUUCAGGAGGGGGAGAACAACAGCGAGAGCCGGAGAUAGAGGAGGCUGGAAGUGGUCCAAGAAGGAGCGCUAGAACCAGAAGGCAGCCUCAGUGGCAGAGAUCAAACGAUUAUUUAUGUAGUCGGAUAUCGUCGUCGAAAAGUCAUGGAACUUCCGGAUUGGGUUGCUGGAGAUACUUGCAAAGAAGGGUGUUUUAUCAGGAUCAGCUCCGGAUGUUGGACACAUACUCAUCACGAGCAUUUUGCAGUCAGGAUAUGGAUGAUUUGUUCCCAGAGACCAUUGACACGGACUUUGAAGAGGAGGCUGUGAUAAAGGAGGCAGCUAGGGUAACCCCAGGCAUUGUGGAAGCUGUACAGCAGGCCAUAGUGCCAGUUGAAGGAACUGAACCGGAAGGUAGUGUGUUGAGCCAUGUAAGUAAUUCUUCCCCAACCAUGAAUUAUCCCUCACAGGUGGUUGGUUCUGACCAGAAGGACAACAGACAGUUUCAGGUUUAA